CACUGUGACUAUUCUCUUUAACUUUCUUAGAACUACUAAAAGUCAGAAGAAAGUUAAUUUCCUCUUGUGGGUAUAUGUGUUGUAUCGCUGGUAAAGGCAGCUGAUAUAACUGAUGGUGGGACAGCUGUAAGAGCCUCGGACCCUGGCAACGUGUCAAGUCGUUUUGGUUGUCGCGGUCCCCACCUCAGCUUGUACUAUUAUUAUUUUUGUUAUAUGUUAUUUUGGCAUAGUGGUGUGCAUCUGGGAAUCGCAGCUCUGUAGUUUGACUGCUACCUUAAUAAAAUAAAAAUAAAAAACUUGUGCAGACUUGUGUAGAUUUCACUAACUUUUCCCAUGUAUGGACAGAUACACAAAGUUUGGACAGGAAUCCAGUAUGGUACAUUGACUCUUCUGUAGGGCAUUUAAUUGAGCUGCUCCAUGAAGCGUAUGAUUGGAAAACAGUGCGUCUUUGUUAAUCUAUUUGAUCUGCCCUGUCUAGACAAAUCGCAUUAGAAACUGAAUUUAGAAGUGACGAACCUAAUAGUUCAACAUCGCGUGGUAAUCAUACAGAUAUUUUUACUACAGUAAGUCAUAAGUAAUUAAAAAUGCUUUCAGUUGAUACCAGAAGUUAGUCAGAAUCUUUCUGUCAUUGUGUUAAACAUCUAUAGUACACAGCUCUUGUAAUCCCACGAGUUUUAUUGUAGUAUUUUGACGUAAACUUUGAUUGUCGUGGUGAUUUGAGCAAUUAAUAUGUUCAUUUGGUGUUCUCCGGUCACAUUUGCACACUGUGGGCGUGUUUUUUCCCACGGUUUUUAAUUAUGUAAUAAUCUGUAAUUACGUUGUCAUAAUUACAAGGCAACACAGGAAAGCAGUUCAUUUCCCCUUGCAAAAAAUCACCACAGCUUCUACCUAAAUAUCACAGUUAAAGAUAAAAUAUCCGUUUUCACUAGUAGGCCUAGCCUAUGUUAAUUUAUUAACGUUGACAAAUCACUUUAGCUAAUGGCACAUUCCAUUUUAGUGUCCAUUACUUAUUUUUAAAGUCACAAAUUGUACGUUUAUGUUGUGAUUGUGAUUAUUUGCUAAACUAUUAUUUAAUAUUAAAUUAUUAUCUACCAUGAAAAGAAAGUAUUUGUAGUGGCCUGUCCCACAUCAGAGGUCUUGAUCUGUAUCCAACAGUUAAAAUAAUAGAACAAUGUCAUAAUUUUGACAUAAUGCAUUGAAUUAAUAGUUUAAUAACUAAUUUUUUGCAAAAGAAGUAGUAAUAUCCUAUGAAUUCUUUAUACAGCAUGGUAGGAAACAAAUAAUCUGAUUACAUUUUUAGUAAAUUGUACAGAAAUUGUAGCGAUGACUGGCUCAAACAUUCAAAAUUGUUGUUGUACAAAACAAAUAUGUAUAGAAAAAAUGGAAAAAUCAUACAAACCAACACAGUAACAGUUUAAUUUAUAGGUUUAUUUAAUUUUUAUUAAUUUAUUUAUUUGAUAUUUACAUUUUUUUUGCUAGAAAGUGAAAUAAAUCACAUGAAUUAAAUGUUGUUAAUAAUGGGAACAAAUGGGAAAUUAAUCAAUUUUAAAGCUUCAUUUUACAUUUUGAAAAAUCUGUGUAAAGAAAAAGUGCUUAUUUUCUUUAGAGCAUCAGACAAAUGAUCAAUUGUGAUCAUCAAUAAACGUAUUUGGCUGAUUCCAUUCAGGUACAUUGCAGAAAUGCUAUGAAAAAUAAGAACAAACCGAGGCAGGCAUUAUGAUUGAGUAGAAAUAGUUCGUGAUCUUUUAUAAAUCUUAUCAGAAAAUAGAAUUUCAUAAUGUUUUUAUAUAGAAAUCCCCACAGUUAUGGUUCAAAAUUAGUUAUCAACCCAUAUCAGAGAACAUACAUGACCAUCAUUUCUAUAGAAAGUUCACUUGUUUUUCUAUUAAUUUCCCUCAAUCCUGGCCUUAUUGCUUAAACAAUUGAAGGAAAAAGGUCACUAAUAUUUCCUGUGGUAGGAGUUUCACAUGGACUAAGAUCCGUUCAUUUGCAGGUUCCCACACUGUUGUUACUUCCAGAGCUUUGGUGUUUGUCCUCCCCUGUAAACCAUUAGUUUUCUUUCUCUAAACACUCUUGUGCUCUCUCUCUCUCUCUCUCGCUCUCUGUCUGUCUUUCUCAUAAAUGAUUGUUGGUGGUGAGAGCCAGUGUGGUUCCUUCCAUGUGGCUUGAGGGACUAUGCUGCUGCUGGUAGCUCUGUGUCUGGUCUGCACUUAUAAAACCAUCUCCGCCACAGACAGCGUUCAGAACAGCAGCCGCACGCCACAGCUGGACUACAGCAGCCUGGCGCUGCCUCAGCAGCAUAUUCCAUUCUUUCUGCACAACAACAAACCAUUGGCCAAACUCUGCAAGGAGGACCCGCUUUGCCCUUUUAAAGAUGCUCUGUUGCUCAAGAAGGCCUGCUGGGGGUAUGAGAAGAGCUGCUCCGCUGAGCAUAGAUUCAGCUAUCCUGUGUGCACCAGUCUUGACUCAGGAUGGGCGAGCUCUAUUCAGGCUGCCCAGGAACUGUUCUGGAAACAGGCAGAUUUUGGCUAUGUGAGGGAGCGUCUCAGUGAGAUGAAGACAUUGUGCAAGCCGUCGAGUCCUGGCGAUUCCUCUCUGAAGUGCUCCAGUCAUAUGCGGUUCUGCAGGGCCACAGAUCUGUACCUGGACCUGAGGAGUCCCCGCAGGGGUCACGAAAGGUAUAAAGAGGAUUUCCUGGAACAGGGUGAGAUCGGUGGUCACUGCAGCCUUAAUAGUAAAGCACUAGAUGCAGAAGGGACACACAAGAGUCCUCUUCAGUCUUGGUUUGCUGAAUUGCAGACAUACUCAGAGCUUGACUUCCACCCCCUGGACGAUGGCCAUUGUGAUGUUAUAAUUGAUAGACCAACCGUCUUCAUGAAGCUUGAUGCAGGAGUGAACAUGUACCAUCACUUCUGUGACUUUGUUAACCUCUACAUCUCUCAACACCUCAACAAUUCCUUCAGCCGUGACAUAAACAUCGUCAUGUGGGACACAAGUGUGUAUGGAUAUGGAGACCUGUUCAGUGAAACAUGGCGGGCUUUCACAGAUUAUGACAUCAUUCACCUCAAAAACUUUGACUCCAAAAGGGUGUGUUUUAGAGACGCGUUUUUCUCUCUUCUUCCAAGAAUGCGAUAUGGCCUUUUCUACAACACCCCUCUUAUCUCUGACUGCCACAGUGAGGGGCUGUUCAAGGCGUUUUCCCAGCAUGUCCUUUAUCGACUCAAUAUCCCACAAGAUGGACCGAAGGAGCGCCAAGUCCGUGUCACUCUGUUGGCAAGAAGCACUGAGUACCGUAGGAUAAUAAACCAGCAGGAGCUUAUCAAUGCCCUGAAGACUGUGCCUUUAUUCGAGGUCAAGCUGGUGGAUUACAAAUUCAAAGAGAUGCCGUUUCUGGAGCAGAUCCACGUCACACACAACUCUGAUAUCUUCAUUGGGAUGCAUGGAGCCGGUCUGACCCACCUCCUCUUUCUUCCCGACUGGGCCGUAAUAUUCGAAUUGUACAACUGUCAAGAUGAGAGCUGCUACCGUGAUCUGGCCCGACUGAGGGGAGUCCAUUACAUGACUUGGCAGAAAAGGGACAAAGUGUUCCCCCAGGAUAAGGGUCAUCACCCUACUCUUGGGGAACAUCCUAAGUUUACCAACUACACUUUUGACGUAGAGGAGUUCAUGCGGUUAGUCCUUCUAGCAGCCGAACAUGUGACCCGGCACCCGGAGUGGCGCGCAAAACAAGCCCGAGAUGAACUGUAGCCUGUAAAACAUGGAACAUCUCCUGCAAGGAUGAACAAUGAACACACUCCUAUGAACUCUCUGCACGCUUAUACUCCUAUAGCUAUGCUAACGAAAAGCAAAUGGCUAAUAUGUGAAAGCACAUUUUACUUUCAGAAAAAAACAUCUGCUCUGAUCCUGUUACAUUCUGAAGCUGUUACAGUCUGCACAUGGAGGUGCUGAGUAUGUUGUUAAAAGACUCACACUUCAGUAGAUGUAUAGUUUUGACAUAUUUUGUGUGGUUUGUACCUACCCUCAGGUAUAUGUGGGCUUUUUAUAGAGACUACACUUUUACACCUGAUUUAAGUGCAGCUUUGUGAUUUAUUUCAAACUUGCUAUGGGUGAAUUUCAAUACAGUUUAUAAGACACCUUUAGACAGCACCCCCCCCUUUGGGUACUGAACUAAUGUUGAGUCCACCCACAUAGAUUGGUAGCAUUUUUUAUGACAGUUAAACCACAUUUAAAGCAUUUUUAUUUUGCUUUUAAAUGCAUUAAGGCAAGGGAGAUGACUUUAGCUUCAUAUUUAUUACAGUGUCAGCUACUUUUUUAUUUUGUAAAUGCAAAACACUCCAGUUCUGUAUUGCUUCAUUUUAUAAAGUAUUUUUAUCAGUAUUAAAAUGUGUCUGAACAUUUCAAAAGUUGCUGGAAAGGGUGUGAAUGUUAAGUUCUGGUUUGAGUCAAAGUAUUUAAUGAAAUCCUAUCAUGAUAUUUAAUUAUUAUUAUUAUUAUUAUUAGGUCUCAGUGUUUUUGAAAACAUAUGUUUUGUAUUUGUAUGCAUUUGGAAACUGAAAUGAAGCUAUUUAAAACA